GAGUCGACUACACGUGUAGCACAAGCACCAUCUUGGCACUGGUGUACUCUGCCCACUGCCAGUGUGAACUACAAACCAUGGCUGCCUCUGACGCUAUGAAACCCUUCAGCCCAGACGAGACCCAGAGGAUUCUGCAUCACCUGCAGCAGCCGGCAGUCUUCAUGAACAUGACCUGUGACUGGCCAGCGCUCCAGUGGACGGCAGAGCACCUGUCCGUCUGCCUCAGCGACAAAUUGAUUCGAUUUAGACUCGGGAGAAAAGAGGAGAUCAACACCCCUCUGUUUGAAACCCAGUGUUCAUAUGUGGAGGCCAAGCUGGAUCACUUUCUCUGCUGGACCCGGGGUCAGUGUGGGACAGAUGUUGGACCUUUCUCUGAAUUCUCGAGCUCAGAGUAUUGGGCUUACGCUGACUACAAAUACAUCGCCAUGUUGUUUCAAGAUCAGCCCUGCAUGUUUGAGGAUGUAAAGUGGUCUGACUUCGGUUUUGAGGGGCGCAAUGGGAGAGAGAGCACCUUGUGGAUUGGCACAGAAGGGGCUAACACACCGUGCCACCUGGACUCUUACGGCUGUAACCUGGUACUACAGGUGCAAGGACGGAAACGCUGGCACCUCUUUCCUCCCGAGGACACUUCCGAACUCUACCCAACCAGGAUCCCCUUCGAGGAGUCCAGUAUCUUCAGCCAGGUGGACGUGCUUCAACCAGACCUGAGGAGGUUCCCCAACUUUCAGAGAGCCAGGGCCCACGUCGUCACUCUGCAGCCAGGACAGGUGCUGUAUGUUCCCAGACACUGGUGGCACUACGUGGAGUCAGUGGAUCCCGUCACUGUCAGCGUCAACUCCUGGAUUGAGUUGGAAGCAGAUGAUGUGGCGAGGGUCAGUGAAGCGGUGACCAAGGCGGUUGUCUGCGCCAUGAAAGGUGCCCGAAGCGACGACAACACUGACGUCUGGCUCAAUCCAACAGAGGAAGGAGUGGCAUCCCAUAAUGAGAACAUGCAGUAUUUGAACCUGGCAAUGACAGCAUGUGCUCAAAGCCCGAAGAACCUCUGCGGCAGCAAACUGACCCAGGACCCCAGAGACGCCCCUCCUGCUAAACGGGACUCCAGUGGACAAAUCAGGAACAACAUUGAUUCGAUAAGGGGUUCCGCUCCCUUCAGCGUUCUCUUCGGGCCACAUCUCAUCUCAGUGCGCUGUCAGCAAGACGACUCAACAGAAACGAGGGAGACGACCCCGAAAGAUGUGGAGGUCAAAUCUUCCAGGAUCCGAGGAGGCAAAUCUCUAGAGGACUUCCCUGUCAGCUCGGACGCAGCACCGAGAACUGAGCCUGUGUCUGCUGUCAGAGUCCAGCUGGGAAAACACAGCCCUGGUUUGCCUCCGUGUGGAGCACGUGACUGUGCUGAUGGAACAUCUUCAGAGGAUUUACAGGAUUCAAUAAUAACCACUAAUGACCUGUUAGACUGCCUGGUGCAUCCUGAUGUCAUCUCCCGUGUCACUGAGCUUUUACUGGAAAGGCACACAGGAACUCAGAGGGCCUCUGCACCAUCCUAGCUUUAAUAUGCGCCUGCCACACACAGUCUGCAUGUAAGUUCCACUUGAGUUUGGUGAGUUAGAGCUGGAGACAAAUCAACCUGCAGAUCCUUCGCUGCAGAAAUCCAUCCUCUGAGAUUACAGUAACGGUUUGGUGUCAGUAAGACGUGACAGAGGAGAGCUGAAGAUUAAUGCUGAGCUUCAUCCUACUUUCCUCCGACCGCAGAUUGACCCCAGCUGUGAGAGGUCGCAGACCAAAACUAAUUGUAAUGCGCCGAGCGACACCAUCGAGUGGCUCGGAACGUUUCCUCCUUUUGUUGUCCUACACAGACUAAUCCUCUUUGCUUCUUCCCCAGCAAGACAUACGACCACUCUAAUCAAUUUACUAUGCUAAUCAGCCAAAUAAUGCAGGAUGAUGUCGCUGGGAUGUGAACAUUUGUGCGUAAUGUUUCCUGGUUGUUUAGUAAUGAGCACUGUCAUCGGAUGGGAACAGGAGGCUGAUUGUUAUGGUUUGUUGAUUGAUGAAAGCUGCGUAAGGAGCAAUGGAUGAAAUGUUUGAAUACAGUCUCAGACGAAACGGAGGAAGAGUGUGCGUCUACAAAUAUAAUAAAUAUUAUCACGUC